AUGGCUCCUCGUGGUAACGAGGAUCGUGACGCGGCUCGGUCUCCUGAUAAUACGGACCAGAGCGCCCGCUACAGCCAGGGAGGAGGAUAUUCGAUGGGCUUCACCACUGGUCACGUCUCCGAGGACGACCUCAUUGAUCCCGCCAUGGCGACGGACAACACCGACCUCCACUCUCUUGACACUACGUCCCUCACCACCAACGACGCUGCCUCUGCAGGUGAGCUUGAUAACGGAGCCGGAGAAAUGACUAAAUACCUCGCCGGAGACGACAUGUUUGAUGAUUCGGCGGCGUUCUCGACCCCAAAGACUGUGAGGUUUGCAGACGCGCUGGAGACGGUGAUCCCCGCGUCGCCCGACUACUGUUCGAGCUCGACCUCGGCUGGCCCCUCGCCGCCCGGCAGCGACGAAUCGUUCCUUCGGGUCGAGGGCUGCACCGCGGGCUCGGAUAAUGGCGGUGAAUGGCGUAUGAGCAACUCGAUGAUGGUGGCGUACAACGCCAUGCUCGGUGGGGAGACCGUUACCGACCCAGACUCCGCGGACCAGGCUGUCACUGCCGUUGCAGCGUCGAUGGAUGAAGCCAACAUCGUCGACAAUCAUAUGCUCUCGGCUGCGGUGGACGCUGAGAUGCCAAAUAACGACGGCCCAGGAACGCAGGAUGUCUUCACUGUCCCUCGCCCAGAAUAUGGCCACAUCGCGCCUCCCGCAGACGCGGCGUCCAACAAAGACAAUGACCCUGGCCUCCCGGAGCACAUUGUUCGAGGCAUCAAGCGCCAGGCCCAUCUCGGAGGCAAGCACGACAUUGACGAGUUGUAUGAUGUGUCUGAUGGCGAGGACGACGUUGCGGACGGACGCAUCUCGCCCUGCACGUUCCGCCUAUGGGCCGACGGCGCUGCGGACGAGAGCGAGCGUGCGACCGGUCCUGGUGACAGAGUUGCUGUACAGAACCAUGAUGAGACCGACGAGUCUGAUUUGAACUCGGGCAUCGCUAAGGCGGGCUCUGAUCCCGAUGCUCGACAGCGAGCUGAUGCCGCUGAAGAGGCCAAGGCAUGGCCGACGCCUCGCUAUGUCGGCAACUCGGACUGUGAGCGCUGGCUGCAGGGCGUCGAGCCGGCCAGCGGCACGAAGCACUACCCCGGCAAGGCGGAUGCGGAGGAGGAGCGCUUGAGAAACGCCGCCCACGCCUAUGCUAUGGUACCCAUCACCGAAGAGGAAAUCCGAGCCGCCCUCGCCCACCCCGACGCCCCAAGCUCCUUGGACGGCAUCGCAGUAGAAGACAUCUUCGAAGAGCUCAACGAGCGCCACCAGCGCCUCCAAGUCGCCGGCAAGGCCCUCACCGACGCCCUCGCCAGCCAGUGGGCCUACGCGCAGCGCAUCAACCGCCGCGCGCCGCAUGUGCAGCUCGCCGCCUUCGCCGCCGCCACCGUGGAGUUCCGCGCGCAGCGAGGCCAGGACGCGGCGCGCCUCCGCCGCAGGGGGGUCUACCGGUACGUCGAGGCGCGGCUACGCGGCGUCGAGGCGCGCGCCGAGGAGCUCGAGGGCCAGGCCGCGAAGCUGUGGGCCGAGGUGACGGACAUGAUGCGCGUGGACCGUAACCUCACGCAGGCGGUGGUGGACAUGGCGCGCGCCGUGGGCAUCACGGAGCUUAAUGGCGAUAUCGACGCGCUGUGCGAGCGUGUGAUCCAGCUGGGGCGUGAGUGA